AUGGGUGUUGCUGACCCCGAACUCGAAGUAAAGAACUCGUCUGUGUCCCCUGAGAGGGACGUCGAAACCGGCGAUGUCAUUAUGGUGGAAGGACCAUUGACACAUGGUCUUGAUCGUCGAUUAACCUCGAGACAUAUCUGGAUGAUUUCCAUUGGUUCUGCCAUUGGUGAGGGUCUUUGGCUUGGUUCUGGUGGUUCUCUUCAUUCUGGUGGUCCCGCGUCUCUUUGGAUCGGUUUCUGGAUUGCCGCUUCUAUUGGAUGGGCUUUAAAUCAGUCCAUUGGUGAGUUGGCUGUUCUGUAUCCUGUUCCUUCUGCAUUCCCACAAUGGACCAGAGGUCUCGUUGAUCCCGCUGCUGCUUUUAUGAUGGGUUGGACUUAUUGGUUUUCUUAUAUGAUCACCAUUCCUAAUGAACUUGCCGGUCUGGUCACUGUCCUAGCAUACUGGGAUGAUAGUAUCAGUCCAGCUGUGUGGAUUUCUGUCUUUUUGGUUGUUUUGAUCCUUAUCAACGUUUUCGCAGUUAACGUUUUUGCUGAAGCUGAGACUGUUAUGUCUUUUCUUAAAUUCAGUUGGAUUAUUAUCGUUGUUGUUUGCUCCAUUGUUAUUUCCGCUGGCGGAGGUCCAACUCAUAAAAGCACUGGUUUUCAUUAUUGGAGGGAAAAGCCCUUCAUCAAUGGUUUCAAGGGUUUCUUGAGUGUCAUGCCCAACUGUAUUUUCGCUUUGACAGGAAUUGAACUUUCUGGUGUCGUUGCUGCCGAGGCUAGAAAUCCCAAAGCUUCUAUUCCAAAGAGUGUUCAAUCCAUCUGGCUUCGUCUUGGUUUCUUUUAUAUUUUGGGUUCGUUCAUGGUUACUAUUACCACAAACCCCAACGAUCCAAACUUGUUUGGCUCUGGUUCUUCUGCCUCUCCAUUCGUUAUUGCCUUCAAAAGUGCUGGUCUUCCUGGCUUGGCUCAAAUGCAAAAUGUUAUCAUUCUCAUCUCUGUUUUGAGUUCCGGUAAUGCUGCCAUGUACUGUUCUGGUCGUCUACUUCUUGGUUUGGCUGAACUCGAUAUGGCCCCUAAGCUUUUCAAGAAAUGUGAUAGUCAGGGUAGACCCUGGCCUGGUUUUAUUCUUACCACUAUCAUAGGUGGUGGUCUUGCUUACUUGAAUGUUGAUAAUAAGGGCUCCACUGUUUUCGGUUGGUUUUCUAAUCUGACCUCUCUCUGUGCUUUGGUUGUCUGGGGUUUGAUCUUUUUGUCUUCUCUUAGAAUGCGUAUUGCCUGGAAAUACAACGGUAGAAGCCUUUCGGAACUGCCCUGGAAAUCUAGCAGUAUGCCUUACGCUGCCUACUGGGGUCUAUUCUGGUGUCUUAUCCUAAUCGUCGUUGAAUUUUACCUUGCUGUCUGGCCACUUGGAGCUAAGUCUACUGCCAGAACCUUUUUUGCCAAUUAUGUUUCUGUUGUUCUUAUGAUCGUUGUAUACAUUGGGGCCAAGAUCUACUACAGAGGUCCAUUGUGGAUUCACAGACAAAAUAUUGACCUUGAUAAGAAAAGAUUUAUCUAUACUGAAGAACACGAUCUCCCUGAGCCUGAUGCAUACCAAGAGAUUUGGACCAUGAUCAAAGGAAAAAUCAAGAAAGAUCAGUAA